CGUGCGUGACGUCGCUUCCUUCCAACAUGGCGCAGGCAGGUUGCUAAUGGAAAACUGAGGGAUUUCCGUGUACAUUUAUCCCACCUUCCGUAUUUAUUUAUGUUUGUAUGUUAGGGCCACAUCGGUAGUGCUUUUGAAAAGAGCGACAGAUAGGGAGCUGUUUCUGCCCCGGGACAGGCACUCCUCGCCCCAGUUCCAGCGCGACAUGUAUGAAGGGAAAAAGACGAAAAACAUGUUUUUAACCCGAGCGUUGGAGAAGAUCUUAGCCGACAAGGAGGUGAAAAAGGCUCACCAUUCUCAAUUGCGCAAAGCCUGUGAGGUGGCAUUAGAGGAAAUAAAAGAAGAAACAGAAAAAUUAAGCCCACCCCCCGGAGACAACAAAGCUGGAUCCAGCACUUUGCCACCUGUCAAAUCAAAGACGAACUUCAUAGAGGCGGAUAAGUACUUCUUGCCGUUCGAGUUGGCCUGUCAGUCCAAAUGUCCCCGCAUCGUCAGCACAUCUCUAGACUGUUUACAGAAACUCAUAGCGUAUGGCCACCUCACUGGGAGCGCCCCAGACAGCACUGCACCGGGAAAGAAGCUGAUUGACAGGAUAAUCGAGACCAUAUGCGGCUGCUUUCAAGGCCCGCAGACGGACGAAGGCGUUCAGCUGCAGAUUAUCAAGGCUCUGCUCACGGCAGUGACCUCUCAGCACAUAGAGAUUCACGAGGGGACGGUGCUGCAGGCCGUGAGAACAUGCUACAACAUCUACCUGGCCAGCAAGAACCUUAUCAAUCAGACCACGGCCAAGGCAACGCUCACGCAGAUGCUGAACGUCAUCUUCGCCCGAAUGGAGAACCAGGCGCUCCAGGAGGCCAAGCAGAUGGAGAAGGAGCGUCACCGCCAGCAGCACCUCCAGCAGUCCCCGGUCAGCCAGCACGAGCCCGACUCCCCGCAGAUCCAGCAGCACAAGGACCCGCCGGCCAAGCAGCUACCUCAGGAGGCCGACGAGGCGCCCGACCGCCACGGCGAUAAGGCCGACAAGGUCCCCGCCCAGGAGGACCCGGAGCCGGAGAACGGGUCCGAGUUCUGCAGCGCGGAGAACGAGCAGACCGAGGCCGACCAGGCCACCGCCGCAGCGGAGAGUUUAUCGAAGCAGGACACUGAGGGUGUAGAGGAGGAAGAAAUGCCAAAUUAUGAAGAAAAGGCCCAGGAGAUUGUACAGAGCAUCCUGCAAGAAGUAGUCAACACUGUAGCUGGAGAUUCCCGGGAGAGCGCCGGCGGGACGGAGAGCACGCAGGACACGCCCACCUCGCUGGAGGACGAGGGCGGCCUGGGCAGCGACAGCGAGAACGUCCACGCCAACGGCAUCCCCGGAACGCCCAUCUCAGCGAGCUUCACUCCGUCCCUGCCUGACGACAGGCUGUCCGUCUCUUCCAAUGACACUCAGGAAUCUGGAGUGACAACUGGGCCCUCCCCCAGUGCGAAGUUCUCCCACAUUCUACAGAAGGAUGCUUUUUUAGUUUUCCGUUCCCUCUGCAAGCUGUCCAUGAAGCCACUUUCUGAUGGUCCCCCUGAUCCAAAGUCUCACGAACUCCGGUCGAAGGUCCUGUCCCUCCAGCUCCUCCUCUCCAUUCUGCAGAACGCCGGGCCCAUCUUCAAAACCAACGAGAUGUUCAUUAACGCCAUCAAGCAGUACCUCUGCGUCGCCCUGUCCAAGAAUGGCGUGUCCUCGGUCCCGGAGGUCUUCGAGCUCUCCCUGUCCAUAUUCCUCACCCUCUUGUCCAACUUCAAGACUCAUCUCAAGAUGCAAAUUGAGGUGUUUUUCAAAGAGAUUUUUCUGUAUAUUCUGGAAACGUCCACAAGCUCUUUCGACCACAAAUGGAUGGUUAUCCAGACCCUUACCAGAAUAUGUGCAGAUGCCCAGAGUGUGGUUGAUAUUUAUGUGAAUUAUGAUUGUGACUUGAAUGCUGCUAAUAUAUUUGAAAGGCUCGUGAAUGACCUUUCCAAGAUUGCACAGGGCCGGGCUGGGCACGAGCUGGGCAUGACUCCUGUUCAGGAGCUGAGCCUGAGGAAGAAAGGCCUGGAAUGUCUGGUGUCCAUCCUGAAAUGCAUGGUGGAGUGGAGCAAGGACCAGUACGUCAACCCCAACUCUCAGACCAGCCUCGGCCAGGAGAAGCCUUCAGAGCAAGAGACCAAUGAGACCAAACACCCAGAGACCAUUAACCGCUACGGGAGCAUCAACUCCUUAGACUCCACGGCCUCGUCGGGCAUCGGCAGCUACAGCACUCAGAUGUCGGGGACGGACAACCCCGAGCAGUUCGAGGUCCUCAAACAACAGAAAGAAAUCAUCGAGCAGGGCAUCGACCUGUUCAACAAAAAACCAAAGAGAGGGAUCCAGUACCUGCAGGAGCAAGGCAUGCUGGGUACCACCCCGGAAGACAUCGCCCAGUUUCUACACCAGGAGGAGAGGCUAGAUUCUACUCAGGUAGGCGAGUUCCUCGGGGACAACGACCGCUUCAAUAAAGAGGUGAUGUACGCUUACGUCGACCAAAUGGAUUUCCAAGGCAAGGACUUUGUCUCCGCCCUGCGCAUGUUCUUGGAGGGCUUCCGUCUCCCCGGCGAGGCCCAGAAAAUCGAUCGGCUCAUGGAGAAAUUUGCUGCUAGAUACUUAGAAUGCAACCAAGGACAAACUCUGUUCGCAAGUGCAGACACUGCAUAUGUCCUUGCUUAUUCAAUCAUCAUGUUGACCACGGACCUCCACAGUCCCCAGGUGAAGAAUAAAAUGACUAAAGAGCAAUACAUUAAAAUGAACAGAGGGAUCAACGAUAGCAAAGAUUUACCGGAGGAAUACCUUUCAGCCAUCUACGAUGAAAUUGCAGGGAAGAAGAUUUCUAUGAAGGAAACAAAAGAGUUAACUAUCAAAUCAAAUAAACAAAACGUGGCCAAUGAGAAGCAGAGGCGGCUGCUGUACAACGUGGAGAUGGAGCAGAUGGCCAAGACGGCCAAGGCCCUGAUGGAGGCGGUGAGCCACGUACAGGCGCCCUUCACCAGCGCCACGCACCUGGAGCACGUCCGGCCCAUGUUCAAGCUGGCGUGGACGCCCUUCUUAGCAGCUUUCAGCGUCGGGCUGCAAGACUGCGAUGACACAGAGGUGGCUUUCCUCUGCCUGGAGGGGAUCCGCUGCGCCAUCAGGAUAGCCUGCAUUUUCACCAUCCAGCUGGAGAGGGACGCGUACGUGCAGGCCCUGGCCAGGUUCACGCUGCUGACGGCCAGCUCCGGGAUCACCGAGAUGAAGCAGAAGAACAUCGACACCAUCAAGACCCUCAUCACGGUGGCCCACACCGACGGCAACUACCUGGGCAACUCCUGGCACGAGAUCCUGAAGUGCAUCAGUCAGCUGGAGCUGGCACAGCUGAUCGGCACGGGGGUGAAGGCGCGCUACAUCUCAGGAACAGUGAGGGGGAAGGAGGGCCUUAUCACCGGCACCAAGGAGCAGACCUCCGACGAGUACCUCGGCCUGGUUGGUGGGAACGUGGACCGCAAACAGAUCGCAAACAUACAGGAGUCGAUUGGGGAGACGAGCUCGCAAAGUGUGGUGGUCGCUGUCGACAGGAUAUUUACGGGGUCAACAAGGUUGGACGGCAAUGCAAUUGUUGAUUUUGUGAGGUGGCUGUGUGCUGUAUCGAUGGACGAAUUGGCCUCCCCAACACACCCACGCAUGUUUAGUCUUCAGAAGAUAGUGGAGAUUUCUUAUUACAACAUGGGCCGCAUCAGGCUUCAGUGGUCCAGAAUCUGGGAAGUAAUUGGAGAUCACUUCAACAAGGUCGGAUGUAAUCCCAACGAGGAUGUAGCUAUUUUCGCUGUGGACUCACUCAGACAGCUGUCCAUGAAAUUUUUAGAGAAAGGAGAGCUUGCCAAUUUUAGAUUCCAGAAGGAUUUUUUGAGGCCUUUUGAACAUAUCAUGAAAAAGAACAGGUCCCCGACGAUUCGGGACAUGGUUGUACGGUGCAUAGCACAGAUGGUGAACUCCCAGGCUGGCAACAUCCGGUCAGGGUGGAAGAACAUCUUCUCUGUGUUCCACCUGGCUGCCUCGGACCAAGACGAGAGCAUCGUAGAGCUGGCCUUCCAGACAACCGGCCACAUUGUCACGAAUGUAUUCGAGAAGCACUUCCCCGCCACCAUAGACUCCUUCCAGGACGCGGUGAAGUGUCUGUCGGAGUUUGCGUGCAACGCCUCCUUCCCCGACACCAGCAUGGAGGCCAUCCGUCUGAUCCGGCACUGCGCCAAAUACGUGUCCGACCGGCCGCAGGCCUUCAAAGACUACACCAGUGAUGACAUGAAUGUAGCCCCAGAGGACCGGGUGUGGGUGCGAGGCUGGUUCCCCAUCCUGUUCGAGCUGUCCUGCAUCAUCAACAGGUGUAAGCUGGAUGUGAGAACCAGGGGCCUGACCGUGAUGUUUGAGGUCAUGAAGACCUACGGUCACACGUACGAGAAGCACUGGUGGCAGGACCUGUUCAGGAUCGUCUUCAGGAUCUUCGACAACAUGAAGCUCCCAGAGCAGCAGACAGAGAAAGCCGAGUGGAUGACCACGACCUGCAACCACGCGCUUUACGCCAUCUGCGACGUCUUCACCCAGUACUUCGAGUCGCUCAGCGACGUUCUCCUGGAUGACAUCCUCUCCCAGUUGUACUGGUGUGUCCAGCAAGACAACGAGCAGCUGGCCCGGUCGGGCACCAACUGCCUGGAGAACGUCGUCAUUCUCAACGGGGAGAAAUUCACCCCCGAGACCUGGGACAAGACCUGCAACUGCAUGCUGGACAUCUUCAAAACCACAAUCCCACACACGCUGCUAACGUGGAGACCAGCAGGGACGGAGGGCGACCGCAAUGCGCAGCUGGACCUGUCCGACAGACAGCUGGACUCCAUUUCUCAGAAGUCCCUGGACAUCCAGACACGUGCAGAGGAUCAGCAGUCCAUUGGCAGUGUUGAGAACCGGUCCUUGGAGAACCGGCGGCAGAGCCAGUUCAGCGUGGGCUCGGGCACGUACGAGGACGGCCCCAGAGCCAGGACCCCAACGAAGGUCCAGGAGCAGAGGCUGUUCGCCGCCCUUCUCAUCAAGUGCGUGGUCCAGCUGGAGCUCAUCCAGACCAUCGACAACAUCGUCUUCUUCCCCGCCACCAGCAAGAAGGAGGACGCCGAGAACUUCGCAGCCGCCCAGAGAGACACACUGGAUGCAGAUGUCCACGUGGACACCCAGGACCAGGGAAUGUACCGCUACCUGACCUCAGAGCAGCUCUUUAAGCUACUGGACUGUCUGCUGGAGUCGCACCGCUUCGCCAAGGCGUUCAACUCCAACAACGAGCAGAGGACUGCACUGUGGAAGGCAGGUUUCAAAGGGAAGUCCAAGCCCAAUCUGCUGAAGCAGGAAACCAGCAGCCUGGCCUGUGGCCUGCGCAUCCUGUUCCGCAUGUACACUGACGAGAGCCGCCAGGCCGCCUGGGAGGAGGUGCAGAAACGCCUUCUCAAUGUUUGCAGCGAGGCCAUAGGCUACUUCCUGACCUUGACGUCCGAGAGCCACAGAGAGGCCUGGACCAACCUCCUCCUCCUCUUCCUCACCAAAGUGUUGAAGAUCAGCGACGACAGGUUCAAGGCUCACGCGUCCAGGUACUACCCCCUCCUGUGUGAGAUCAUGCAGUUCGACCUGAUCCCGGAGCUGCGGGCCGUGCUGCGCAAGUUCUACCUGCGCAUUGGGAUCGUCUUCAACAUCUCCCAGCCGCCCAGCGUGGACCCGGAGGCAGGGAGCCAGUGAGCUCGGGAGCUGCUGCUGCCGCUGCGGCCGGCCAGCGUGACCGCGUCAGCACUCCGGACCUCUAGAGGGCACUGCCGUCCCAGAGGCCUCCUCUCUGUCUGUCUAUCCUCCUGAAAAAAAUAAAAAGGUUUCUGUGUGUGGCGAAUUACUC